AUGCCGGGGAAUUUGCGGAGGUUUCUUGCGGUGUCCGCGGCGGGAUGGUGCCCGGCGGGCGGCAGGUCCUUCGUUACGAGCUGCCGGGCGGUGGUGUUGGAGCGGUUCGGUGGACCGGAGGUCCUGGAGCUUCGACCGGGGGUCGGUGUUCCCGAUCUGAAGCCUGGGGAGGUGCUCGUCCGCACCCGCGCCGUCUCCGUCAAUCCUCUGGACUUGCGAGUGAGGGAUUUUUUUUUUCUUUUUCUGAGUAACUGGCCUGUGUUCCUGUUCCCCCGGCUUAUCUUUAAUGAGUAAUUACGAGCAUGGCUGAAACACGGCACGUCAACCUAAAGUAUUGUCUCUCUUGAUAACGUAUUCAGAUGCGAGCUGGUUAUGGACGUUCAAUAUUUGAACCUCUUCUACCAUUGAUUCUUGGUCGUGACAUAAGUGGCGAAGUCGCAGCAGUGGGAUCAUCAGUGACAUCACUAACUGCUGGUCAGGAAGUCUUCGGGGCGUUGCAUCCGACUGCUAUAAGGGGUACCUACACUGAUUAUGCCAUUCUCGCUGAGGAGGAGCUUACCUUGAAACCGCCUUCCCUGACCCAUGAGGUAGCAUUGCCUGUUUGGUGCUUUUCCCAUUUCAGCCAGUUAGUGGCCAUGCUUAAACUUUCAGUUUUAUCAUGCCCCAUGUUGACUUUAAGGUGACAUCUGUACUCUGAGUUCCCGAUUCCAUGCCUUUAUCUUGGCUGUGAGAAUAAUAGAGAUAGUAUCCCCGACAUAUCCUUCAUCCAACUCUCUAUAACAUUUGGUGGAGGCUUAAAUUGGGAACCAUACCGAUCCAGAUUAAUUGACCAAAACUAUCUCUUUCUUUCUUCACUGUGUCUAUCUAAGCCACAUUUUUGUCUAUGGUUGAAUCCACUUUAAUUCCACUUAAUUUGGAUGUGAUAUGCGAUUUUUUUUGUUUUAUCUACGUACAUCACAGGAAAAUGGAUGAAUUAUGGAUCCUUUUUUAUUUGCGUUUUCUUUAUUUACGCAAGAAGGAAAGCUAAUGCAAAUUUCAACUUGUUAGACAUCUGUUGAUCGCCUUGGCUAACUUUCUGUCCACACAUACUUCCUUUUUUAAGCUGGAUGAAAGUUUCUUCUCGUCUACUGUUCUUUCUACUGUUCUUUCACCUUGACGUGUACUAAAAUAAAAUAAAAUUAUGAUGGGGCUUUACAGAUUAGAGAGCCCAGGUUUUUUUUUCUCCUAGGAACACAUCAAAAGAAAAGUUCGUAAUAUUCUUUCUGUAAGGUGGUUCCAUCACAUUUCGCUCAUAAGACAAAAACUGAAUUUACUAUCUCACCCAUGGAUCCUUGCCACUAUACUUAUGUCAGAUCCGAAGAGUAGAAAAUUAAAUACAGACUUCACUGCAAAUCCGCAUAGUUGAAAUUAAGGAAGAUUCACGAUCAGCUGAGACUUGGGGUCACUGUUGAGGUUUUCAGUCUAGUGCGAUGUAUACCUAAUUUCUGUUAUUUAUUUCCUUCAUUGGCUGAGAGUCAGGAAUUUUGUACAUCUGAGCCAACACUUUUAGAUGGUAUGAACUACAACAAAAAAUAUUUCUUAUACAGUGAUGAUUGGCUUACCUUGUAAUCAUUUUCUUGGCUUCCUAAUCUGGUAUUGGUAUCAUGAACAUCUUUUAAAUGAUUAAUUCAGUGGACCGUCUGAUGCCACUUAUAUGCAAACUUAUCAUCACCUAUCAAAAAUUGUCAAUUAUUUGCUUGUUUGCCAUAUUUUAUAAAUACACUGAAAAUCGUGGAAUAUUUGAUUUUUAGUAUUUUUAUAUAAAACUAUGUGGUAAUUUUCUUGGCCCUUUCUUCUUCUUUCAUAGAAUUAAAGAAAUAUUCCUGGUUUUGUAGGAGGCAAGUGCAAUCCCUUUUGCUGCAUUGACAGCAUGGCGGGCCUUAGGCACUGCCCGAAUCAAUGAAGGGUAUGCCUUCCUAGCUUUUUGACUCCUGUUGUUUAGUAAUUCCCAAAUGGAGUCCAAAUACCAAUACUUACGAUUUCAUUUUAGUUCUUUCACUCCUUUUGUAUGCAUAGGUCCUGUUCAAAAUGAAUAUCUUUUAAUUUAUAAGCAAAUCGACCUUCCCAUUUGCAAAAGAAUGCUGAAUUCAGUCAUUGUAGUGAUGUGAAGUAUUUCCAUGUUGAGAAGUUAAACGGCAGUAAAAAGAAUAGUGGAAAGUAUUAGAAGAUAGUGCAUUCCUGGGUAAUAGUAGUUAUAUAGAAGUCACGUUUUGUUUUUCCUUUUUUGAGUAUCCAGUUGGUAUGGUUUCUACUUACCAGUCAAGAGCCUACGAAAGUUGGAAUUCAUACAUUGGCUAUGGAUUCCUUUGCAGACCCUUUCAUGGAGCUCCUUUGGAAAUGUAACUAGAGCAAAGAAUCCAAGAUGGUUCUUCUUUACAAGGGAGAGUAUUUGUAAUUUAAUAACGAGGAGUUUCACAAAUUGCUGUGUAGAUGGAGAUAUUAAAAUUGGAUUAAGGUUUGAGGAGGCAUUGGUUCAGAGCUGAUUUGUCCAUGCUGGUAUAAUAGAUAUAUGGACAAGAUUUGAGCAAGCUGACUAUACGCUAAGAUGGCCUUGAGCAGUUUCUCUCAGACUAACAGAGAGUCGUCAAUUAUUUUGUGUUGAACACAUUUUCAUGAUACACUUUUUCUACUGAGACUAACCUGGGAAAAUGAGAAAAAAAGCAGAUUAUGCAUGAAAUAGGAUUUGAAAAUUAUAAAGGACUUAACAAACAUGCAUCCAGAUUCUCACAAUCAUUAACUCUCCAAUAUCGCAAUUCACUUCGUCAACAAUUUCAAAGGUUCAUGUUGUCUUGCGUGGGCUCUUCUCUUGAAAUCUCUUUUAUGUCAACAGAAUAAAUAAGAUUAUCUACUUAUAAAUAAAGGGUGAAAGUGGUGUUUGAAAACAAUUCAUUAUUUGCAAUUUUUGACGAGUGCCUUAGUGUGGAUAAAUUGCCAAAGAUGGUGUAAAUUGUCCCGUCGGUCUUAUGAGGCACCUUCUAAUGAACAUUAUUAAUUGUAAUAUCUUGUUCUGUCUCUUUUCCUAUCCGAGUUGAGCAGGAUUGAUUAGGAGGAUCAGCCUUUUGUUUUCACUUGUGUGAUGUAUUUAUUAGAUUAGACAUGAUUGGCGGUCAGUCGCUGUUGGACUCCAUUUAUGUAGUGUUAUAGAAAGUUUCUAUACUUCACACAGAUAAAUUGAGUGCAUGUUACACAGAUAAAACAUGCUUGGCCAAAGCUGUUGGACUCCAUAACCGUAUAAUUCACCCUUUCCGUAAUGCAAAAAAUACGGUUAUUUCUAAUACUGUGCAUGUUACAAAGAUAUAAUUCUAGGAAAAAGAAAGUGGGGAGGGGCUUUGCCAUGCUCUCAACCAAUUAGGUUUUUCCAGUUUUCAUUACGUUAGGUUUUCUGGCCCCAAGACUUUUGAGGUUAGCCCUAGCCCAGCACAGGAGUGACAGUGAUCCAUGAAGCUUGGCUCAAGCUUGGCCUCAACUGUCCCAACAGUGUUGCUCUAGUCACUGGGCCAGGUGUUUGGCAUGGCAGGCCUUAAGCGUUAUCGGAUGUGAAGAAGAAGAAUUGAAUGAUAUGAUGUGGGGACGUGAGCCCAUAGUCAAGGAUUAGGUGAAGGGUUGAAGUCGCUGGUUUGGAAGAGUUGUUGAAUUGAUAGUUGAAGAUACGGAUGAAAUAUCCAAGUGGAAAAAAAGGGGAGUGACCAAUGUCAGAAAGAGCAGAGGAUAUUUGGAAUGAGGCCACGUAGGGAUAUCCUGGGGUGAUUGCUGCAUAUGAUGCAGCUGUGGAAAAUCGACUCAUGCAUGGCAUUGUGAGAGAAAAGGAAAAAGGGAAGUUCCAUUCAGAGCUAUCUGCAUUUGAAAAAGAAUGGCUAUUCACUUGCCCAGAUUAUAUAUGGGGUGGCAGAAUUGCAACAAAACUAAAUAGGAAGUUCUUUCCUGUCAGUUGCUCCAUAUAUGAGAGCUUUAGAAAAAAAAGAAUAUUUAUUGUUGUCUGAUGAAAUUUAUUUCUCGAACAAAAAGCCUCCUGGUUUGAUUUAUUUAAAGUGGAUUUAAAUUUCCAUGCUACAAUUGCAUAACGAGGGUCCAAGUGAUUCCACUGUUUUCAUCCCUCGUAUUCUGACUUCCAACACGGCAUGUGCAGACAAAGGUUGCUGGUUCUGGGCGGAGGUGGUGCGGUUGGGCUGUCUGCAAUUCAGAUCUCAGUAGACAUGGGAUGUAACGUCGUAGCUGCCUGUGGAAGUCGGAGCUUUGAACGUGUUCUAUCUGCUGGAGCUGAGAAAGUCAUUGAUUAUACCGCCGAGGUAAUGACGUCGAAGCCAUCGAUUACACUUCCAAAGCCGUUCACCACAUCUAAGAUCUGAGUUUGUGCGCAGGAUAUCGAAUCGGCAAUCAAGGGAGAUUUUGAUGCGGUUCUGGAUACCAUCGGGAGGCCAGAAACUGAGAGAAUAGGAGUUAACCUCCUAAAGAGAGGUGGCCAUUACAUGACGCUACAGGUAGUCCCGAAGGGAAGCUUUUUCAGCCCUCCAAGAAAUGCCUUCCCCUACUCACUAACAAUGUCGUCCCAUUUUGCAGGGGGAAGCGGCGUCGCUAGCAGAUAGAUAUGGAUUGGGCGUCGGCCUCCCCACCGCUACGGCCAUCUUGUUGAAGAAACAACUUCGCUACCGUUUCUCUCACGGAAUAGGUCAAGGCAGCUAAUAAUGAUCAGCCUCCAUUGCUGGUGGGUGUCUCUAUCUUCUCUCACUCUUGCUACUGCGCCAUUUUCAGGGUACUGGUGGACGUACAUGAGGGCCGACCCAGAAGGUCUCCAGGAGAUCUGCCGGCUGGCGGAGGCCCGGAAGCUGAAGGUUCCCGUGGACAGGACCUUCCCCAUCACCCACACGAGGGAGGCUCACGAGGCGAAGGAGAAGAGGCUCGUCCCCGGGAAGGUGGUUCUCACGGUGGACUAA